AUGUAUAGUAGGGAUCGAAAACAAAAGGCUUUAAUAUGGACUUCCUUCAUGAAUAAAACAUUUAAUAGAACUAAAUAUAGCAACAGCUAUGGACUUUUUGUUGACCAGGAUGAUAAUAUUUACAUAUCAGAUCAAUAUUAUCAUUAUGUUCUUAAGUUUUCGCCAGAUCAAAACAGUACUGAAAUUGUUGCUGGUGAUAUCAAUGGUAAAGGAAAUGGUUCUCAUCAAUUAAAUGAACCAACACAAAUAUACGUUAAUAGCUUCGGUGAUAUUUACAUAGCUGACUCACAGAAUCAUCGUAUACAAAAAUGGGUAAAAGGAGCAAAAGAAGGAAUUACUGUUGCAGGCGGAAACGGACUGGGUUCAAUGCCAAAUCAGCUGAAUGUACCAAAAGGAGUAUGGGUUGAUGUAUAUGGAAAUGUAUUUGUUUGUGAUACGAGAAAUCAACGAAUACAAAAGUGGAGUGUAAACGCAAACGUUGGUGUCACUGUAGCCGGCGAUUACGGUGAAGGUUCAAAUCCCCUACAACUUCGAAAUCCACAAUCAUUAACAUUAGAUUCUCAAGGAAAUAUUUAUGUUGCUGACACAUUCAAUAGACGCGUACAGAAAUUUGUUCUUGAAUCAACUACAACUUGUUAA